CGUUCCAGGGACACGGUAAUUCUUCAGCGCAUGCGCUCGUAGCGGGGCGGUGUGAUUGUUCUCAAGUAAUGCUGCUUUUAGUAAGGUCAUGAAUCAGAUUUGAACUGUUGGCAAGUGCUCGUACGUUUGGACUUUUGGAGAUUGAUGUCAAAGUGACAGACUGUAUGAACAGCGAAUAUUAGACAGAUAUGGAAUAUGCUUGGAGGGGACAGCCAGAAAGGGAGCCGCUUUUGCCUUCACGGAGCCAACGGAGAUUUGUGCAGCCACCGGUGUCGCAACAUCUCCAGCCUGUCGGGGCUCAGAGCAGCAGGGUGUAUCGGCGAAGAUGGCUGGUGUUAGCUGUCUUUUCUCUUUUUGGAUUUAUGCAGGGUAUGGUUUGGAACACGUGGGGACCCAUUCAGAAUUCUGCUAAACAGGCUUAUGGGUUUUCCAGCCUUGACAUUGCUUUGUUGGUGCUGUGGGGGCCAAUUGGCUUUUUACCCUGCUUCUUGUUCAUGUGGCUGCUAGACAAAAAAGGUCUCCGUGUAUCAACGCUGUUGACAUCUUUCCUUAUGGUUUUAGGAAGUGGGCUAAGAUGUAUUCCUGUUUCAGAUCAUAUGGUCAAACGAUGGUUAAUCCAUAUUGGACAGUUGUUUAAUGGCUUUGGGGGUCCACUUUUAAUAAGUGCACCUCCAUUUUUAUCUGCAACAUGGUUUCCUGCAGACCAGAGAGCUACUGCUACAGCUAUUGCAUCACUAGUAAACUACCUUGGGGCAGCAUGUGCAUUUAUUGUUGGCCCACUUGUGGUUCCGGGCCCCAAUAAUACACUACCUCUUCAAAAUGCGAUGGACAGCCAUGCUGCUUUCAUAAGAGACCGUGUCCAGGCUGUGCUGUAUGCAGAGUUUGGACUGAUCUCUCUCGGGUUUGCUGCUACUUUUGCUUAUUUUCCUUCACAACCUCCAUUCCCUCCCAGUGUAACUGCAGGCAGCCAGAGGCUUAGCUAUCGAAGUAGCAUAUGCAGACUUGUCAGGAACUGCCGUUUUCUGAUGAUAGCUGUGGCAUAUGCUAUACCACUGGGUGUUUUAGGUGGAUGGACAGGGGUGCUGGAUAUGAUUUUAACCCAAGUGAAUGUCAGUCAGGUCGAUGCUGGAUGGAUUGGCUUUUGGUCAAUAAUUGGAGGCUGUGUAGUUGGGCUAGCUAUGGCUAGGUUCGCAGAUUUCAUCAGAGGCAUGCUGAAGCUCAUCCUUGUACUGAUGUUAGCUGGUGCUACACUAUCUUCAACCUGGUUUACCCUAACUGAUCUAACCAGUGUUAUUCACUUACCUUUAACAAAAGGUACUCUCUACACAUCCUGUAUCUUGAUAGGAAUAUUCCUGAACAGCUGCGUGCCAAUUUUCUUUGAACUCUUUGUGGAAACUGUGUACCCUAUACCAGAAGGAAUCACCUGUGGAUUUGUUACACUUUUAACUAAUGUCUUCAUGGGAGUGCUGCUAUUCUUUCUAACAGUUUAUCACACAGAUGUUUCCUGGAUGAACUGGUGUCUCACAGGGUCGUGUUUCUUCAGUCUUUUCCUAGUUCUGUGCUUCAAGGAAUCUUACGAUAGACUCUACGUGGAUGUUUUUGUGUCUGUUUGAUGAUGUUUAUGUGAUCAUGGGAUCUUUUAUAAAGACUGGAAUUUGUUUUUUUAUUUACUGCACACUUGCUCAGAAUUGCACAGUUUGAAAGAGAAUUAGAGUCUGCUGGACUGUGGAAGCUCUUAGCUGAAAGUCCUGGAAAAGGGUCAGAAACUUUUCAGUGGAUCUCAGUUAGGGGAAGACUGUCUUUAGGUUUUAAAUUUAACGAACUCUUGAAAUAUUCUAUCAGAUUAAGCAAACACAUUCCACUUAUUUAUUGAAAAAUGUAGAUUUAAAAAAAAACUCAAAGAACGAUUAGUUUUUCUGUCGUGCUUUGAGGUGCGGGUUUUAGACCAUGGUGGGCUUAUAUGGUAAAAAAAAAAUAUUGAAUGUACAUUCAUGUAGAAGUCACUUUUCCUAGUCAUUCUACCUAGGGAAUAUAAGCUAAUGGUAUGACUUAUUUGCCCCUUCAAGUUUACACAUACCUUGAAAAGCACAUAUGAGAUCGCUUUUCUUUGGAGUCUGCUUACAUUUCAGCACAAAUCUUGUCAUCAGACUCUGAAUUUAAGGUCUCGUAGUAAUGAUUCUUGUCAUUGGGCAUUUGUGGUAUUCAAAUGUGCACACUCAGCUGAAGAAACCUUGUGGAUGCACUGUGGAAUAUUUUUGUCAUGCUAAUGCAAACAUAGCACUGGAAUCAACUGCUGUUAUCUGCAGUACAUACUGAGCUUUUAUCAGAAGGACACAGCAUUUGAAAGCAGCAGGAUGUGGCAACGGUUAUAAUUAUCGGACAGAUGAUUGUGUAUAGAAUACACUUGGCACCUAUUAGCUCUUAAGCUUAAUUGUUGCACCACCCUUAGCUAACAUUAGAUUUGACUGUUGUAUGAUUGACACUGUAACAUUAAAACUCUUGAACAUGUGCUGUGUAUAUUCAGGCAGAAUGUUUUAACACUUUGUGCUUUCUACUCAUCUGCUCUAUUGAUGUUUUUAGGUCUGGAGUGGGCUAAACUAAGAUGGCUCUUGCCAACUGUACAUGCACAGAGUGAGUGAUGUGAGUGCGUACGUGUUUGAGUGUGUGUGUGGUGUGCACUCAUGUGCGUACGUGCAUGCAUGUUUCUGUUUUGGUGAUACUAUGACAGACAUUAAAUCUUGUAUUUUGCUGUGAAAAUUCAAGAUGUGUGUUGCAUUUCCUGCAUGUUCAUGGUUUCCCUAACAUGACUAUGACAAGAAAGUCAUGGUCCUGCUCUAAAUGGUGUCUUUAGUUACUUUAUACACUGACAGAUUAAUCACUCCAGAACAUGGAGCCAUGUCUUUCAACUGCAGUCUUCCAGUGCUGGUAACUUGGCUCUUUUGCUGAUGUCUGAUUUUUUUUUUUUAAUUUGUUUGUUUCAAUAAAUCUUUGUUGUGAGAAAUUAA